AUGUCCCUGGAAACCGAGCGUCAGACUGAAAAUGUGUGUAGAAUAUGUCUAAGUAGCGACAACCCAAAAGAGCUCAUUGCUCCGUGUAUUUGUAGAGGCACUGUAAAGUAUGUUCACACGACUUGUUUGGCGCAAUGGCGGUAUAGACUUGUGGCGAAUGGAAGGGAAGAAGAGAUUGACUCAUGCACAAUAUGUAAAUUUAAAUAUGUUUUUAAGCGGAAAACUACGUGGGGCUGCAUAUUAGCAACUAGAGGAGCUCGAAUAGCUAUUACUAUGUUGUUGAUAUUCGUUUUAUUGCUUCCAUGCGGUUAUUUGAUGAAAUUAUCGAUGUUAAUCACGUCACCAAUGUAUAUAAAAGGAAUUAAUCCGAUAACAAAGAACUCGACUACGACCACCCCCAACAUCCCUUCUUUAGAGGACUCAACAACGACAUUCACUACGGCGACGACGACUACUACCACUGAUACUAUUAGUGUUGCAACACCGAAUCAUCCUUUCUAUCCUCCAAUUUGCAAUUGUCAACCGGGAAAAAUCAUAACAAACAAACAGCAAAAAAUAAAAAAAGAAUUCAAUAACAACGAUUUUCCUAUCACCAAUUCAUUUUAUCCAUCAGUUAUUUCGAACUUCCCGCAUUUUCCGUCAAUAAUGACUGCACAAUUCUGGUUCGAUUUCCUGUGUAAACCAGAGAUUCAUCAUCUUCAUCUCGGUCUUUUCUUUCUCGGGUCACUGAACAAUGUUUUCACUGCGUACGCGAUGAUGAGCGAUGUCUAUGAUAUGAUGAUUACCGAGAAUCCGCGACGAAAGUUAAAACAAGUGGUAUUGAUUUACACGAGCUUAUUCGUUGCAUGUUUCUGGUUUCAUUAUAACAUUUCAGCUUUUCGCGUUGCGUCAACUCAGGAAUUUUUGCAAGAACUCCCCUUCUGGGUGUUACGUUGGAUAACGGUGAGUAUGGCUAUCGUUGAUUUUGGAUUACGGAGAAUAUAUUGGGAGUUGGAUAGAUUAGAAUUUGAUGAUGUCGAAGUAAUUUCGGUGCAAGAGGUGGAGUUUUAA